AUGGGGCUAAACAAGCAAGGGAAAGACUCUCUUGCUGGACAUCAAAGUAGUAGUGAAGAAACUGAUGACAAAUCUAAAGAGCAACAACUUAAAGGUGGUGAUUCUGGUAGUGCAACAGAUGGUACAGUCACAGCAGCAGAUGAGAGCACUGGGGUUAAAUGUUCUAAUGAUAUACAUGAACGCCCACUUGAUCCUGACAAGUUACCAGACGAUUUCUUUGAAGUGCUAUUUGCUUGUAACGAUGCUAAAAUUCCUUGGAGAUCUCUUCUUGCACAUGCUAUUGCUCUUCAUCGGCCUUUGUUUGCAGUUCUUGCUGCUUGUUAUGAAGAAUCAAAAACUAUCGAUUGUAUCUGUGCCUGGAUGUUAUCUACAUAUGAUUUUGAACUUUUUAGCUCUGAAGUAGCUAAUGACAUUUCAG